AUGGCGGAGGAGGCCGAGCUGUGUUUCCCGCUGCUCGUCAACACGUCCUGCCGGAGGACGCCGCGCCCUCGCCUGGCUGUCGUCGGCGCCUCCGUGCUGCUGCCGACCGUCUUUCUGCUCACCGUCACUCUCAACCUGAUGGUCAUCAUGUCCAUCUCACACUUCAGGCAGCUGCAGACGCCCACCCACCUGCUGCUGCUGUCUCUGGCCAGCUCCGACUUCUUGAUGGGCGUCUUCCUGUUGUUCCAGAUCUUCCAGCUGGACGGCUGCUGGUUGUUCGGCGACGCGACGUGCGCCGCGGUUUACCUCUUGGAUCACCUGAUCUCGUCGGCCUCCAUCGGGACCAUGGUGCUCAUAACCGUGGAUCGUUACGUGGCCGUCUGCGACCCUCUUCACUACCUCGUCAGGGUCACCAGGAGACGAGUGGAGCUUUCCAUCGUCCUGUGCUGGUUGUUUUCCUCCGUCUUCAACGUGGCGUGUUCCAUCGACACGCUGCAGCGGCCGGGCAGGGGCGUCUCCUGCGUGGGCGAGUGCGUGGUCCUCGUCAGUGGCGCCGUAGGACAAGUGGACCUGAUUUUCACCUUCAUCGGCCCCAUCAGUACCAUAGCACUGCUGAACAUGAGAGUCUUUGUAGCGGCCGUGUCUCACCGAGUCUCGGUCCUGCCGCGCCCGCGCGGCCCCAAGAGGUCUGAGCUGAGGGCAGCCAGGACGCUCGGGGUGGUGGUGAUCGUGUUUUUUGUGUGCAUCACGCCGUACUUCUGCGUGGUCGCCUCAGGGCAGAACGUGGCACUCAACUCGUCGGCGGCGGCCGUUAUCAUUUGUUUGUUCUACUUCAACUCCUGCAUCAACCCGCUGAUCUACGCUCUUUUCUACCGCUGGUUCAGGAAGUCCAUUAAGCUCAUUGUGACGCUCCAAAUUCUGCAGCCUGAUUCUAGCAGGGCGCACCUGCUGUAGACGCACUUCUGCCUCAUAACGACAAUAAUCAUAAAACAUUUGAUUCAUUAAGGGCUCAAAGAUGCUGCACAAAGAAUCAGAAUUGUUUUUAUUGCGAUUGUCAGUGAGGGUUCUCAUACUAGGUUUUUUUGGGGG